AUGGCCAACAAAGAAAACUUGCAACCCACAGCAAAGGCUAACGGAUCAGCCAAAUCGAAGCCAACAGAAUUAGCUGGAAAAAUCAAGGAGUUAGAAGCCCGUUUGGCCCGAGAGAAUGAUGCCCGGGCUGUGGCCGAAAGAGCAGUACAGGAGGCAGAUGCUGCGAAAAGAGCCACUGAAGAAAAGAUUAAAAAUAUGACCCGGUCAGACCAUGACGGACAAACUGAGAAAUUGAUCCCCCGGCCUACAACAGCUAAUAUGAGGGACGGUGGUCGUGGGCGGUUAAUGAGAGCUAUGGGACUUGAAGAUGACAGAAAUCAAUACAUUUCAAUCCAGGGUGAUGUGCACUUGCUGUGUGCUCGAGUAGGACUCGACUUCAGCACGAAAUAUGUUCAUCAACCUGCAGAAAUUUUAAGUAAAAUUUUCAAACUGGCUCGCCGUGAGCACCCUUACCUCAAGCGGUUCCAAAAUGACUGGGCUACAGCCGAGAUAACAAAACAGUACCUGCAAAACAAAAGAAAACAAUCCAACCGCAAGAGGAAGGCUCGAGAUGAGGGGAACAGUGGUCGGUGCAAGACACGUUCUCGCUUCAACAUGGGUGGUAGUGAGUCAGAGGAAGAAGGGGAAGACGAAAGCAGGGACUGUGGGAGUGGCAAUGAGAACGACGAGGGAGAUAAUGCGGGCGAAUCAGGAUAA